GUUUGUUCGUUUCUGCGAUGUUUCGAUCUUCAGUCGGGAAGAAGGUCGCGCGAUGGUCAAGGACAGCUUUGUGUCGACCAAGUCCAAGGACCCGCUCAACAGCUCAUGGCGCAAGCACAUGCCUGACGGAGAAUGGAUCCCCGACGUGUCGGUCUUGGCCUGCAUGGCAUGCAAGGGAGAGUUCAGCUUCUGGAAUCGCAAACACCAUUGCCGACGUUGUGGUGCUGUUGUGUGUGACUCGUGCUCGACAAGCCGCACAAAGCACAUUUACCGCGACAUGGCUGCCACUUGCGACGAAAACAUGCGCGUCUGCGAUCCGUGCAUCCAAGUCAUUGACGAGUACAUUGCUUCAGGGCUCACGAAACGAUUUGGGGGCCAAGUUCCCGUGGACAACAACGCCAUCGAAGAAGACGCGAACCCAAACGCGUACUUUACACCCCAGAAAGUUGAACGCAAUGGCCGUGCAGUCAUGACCAUGGGAAGAUACAGAGCUGAGAUCAAGGAAAGCGAAGGGAACCGGUACAUCCGCGACAACGAUUUGUGAUAAUGGAGUGAUGUUCCAUGUAUUUGCGAGUUCGAAUAGCUAUCGCGUGAUCCGUGCGUCUUCAGUCCAGCCAAGGAGGUUGGCGGCGAGUGUCCGUGAGAAACGUGACUACUUUCGAGAUUGCUGCCUUGUCUCGG